AGUUUUUCACUUUUUAUCAGAUUUCAUUACUUUUACGUUUGAAGUAACCUUUUUUGAUUUUUUCUAGUAAAACUUUUCCUCAGAUUAUUUCUUAAAUUUCAACUAAUUUUUUCACUGAUGUCGCGUUUAUUACUAGUACUGUAUCUCUGCCUCUCCAUUGUGCCUUAUUCGCUGCAAGACAUCUGCACCUAUUGCAAGUGUGUGCACGGACAAUACGCCGACGAGCCAAUAUGGAUUGAUGUGGGCAAAAAGAAUGUAAUAUCCGUGUUGGGACACUCUUGCGGCGAACCGGUGGAGUACACGUGGAAGGCUGUUACCGGCACUGGCAAGGUUAUAUCCGAUUUCGGCAAGACUAAAGUGCCACGCUACAUUUGGUUGCCAUUCACAGUUUCGGUGAGACCCGAUAAGAAGGGCACAAAUAACAGGAUUAUAGUGACAAAAAGUGAUGGACGCACAACGGGACAGUGUGAGUGCCACAUUGAUUUCGUUAAUCUGGAAGUCUAUAGUCACAUAGAUGGCGCUGAGCUCAUUUCAAUUGGCUCGCAGCAGCUGCUAGAGUUGGAUGGCUCGCACAGUUUCGAUUUUAGUCAACCGAAAAACAACCAACGUUACAUAUUUGAAUGGCGUUGCCAACCAGUUGAGCAUGAUAUGAACAAUCAAUACUGUAAGGAAGGCAAUAUUUUGUCCACGAGCGCCAAAUGCACCAUCGAUGGUAAUAUGCUCGCCGUCACGGGUCUCUAUCAAGUCACACUGCAUACGAAGUCACCCGUCACGGGUAUGAUUGCCGGUGACCAUGUCUUCAUCAGAGUUGAGUAUGGCACCAAAAUCCCUUUGCUCAUACUGUGUUAUCGCAAUUGUUGGGAUUAUCUAUACAACGCGGGCACCAGCAUAUACAUACAUGUCGAUUGUAUUGGCUAUUGCGGUGAUACGCUAAAAUUCUACUUUGAAAUCGACGGUGUGUUUGUAACGUCCAACAGUAAUGGCCACAUACGUUUCAUGCCACCGAAUGCGAACUCCUUCAAGUUCAAUGUCACACUCAUAGCGGACGGUGUGGAUAGUAUAGCCGUAGCGCGCUUCAAACGCAAUGAUCCGCCGACAGGUGGCAGCUGCACGGUCACACCACAGAAAGGCAUACCGGGCGAUACGCUCUUCAAAGCAGCUUGCAGCAAUUGGACCGAUCUGCACUUGCCCAUAUACUAUGUGCUGAUGGCCGGUAAUCUGCUAUACGAUCGCACAACCGAUCCGCAUUGGGAGGUCUACGUGCCGCAGGUGACGGCGCUCAGCUUUCGCAUUUGCGACAAUCAUGAUGCUUGCCAGAAAUACGAAGUGCCCUUAGAGCUGGAGAAACCGAACAUACCGAAGGGCUUGCAAGAUAUCGAAGAGUACAUGAAAGAGCCGUCGAAUAAUGUGGAGCGGUUGCUGGAAGGCGGUCAGUAUGCACGCGCUGUGGUCAAGGCAACGCUGAUGAUGGCUGACCAGCCGCUGGAUGUAAUUAAGCACGUUCUGUCGGCGUUCAAAAACUUUCCGACAGACACUUUGACAGACGUGCGGCAGCUGGGUACCAUGACCAGCGCACUACUUGAUCCCAUGGGUAACCUAACCAGCGAGAAGGUCAAGGUAUUCAAUGAACUGUUGGAUAAAAUGUGUAACUGUUUUGUUAAAGUGAUCGAAAAUGGCGACAUAAAGGAUAUGCAUAAAGACGAUGUCAGAGAUAUGACCGAAGAAUUGGUUGGUAUGGUGUCUAAGUUUUCAAAUAAAUCCGAAGAGUUUGUGGAUGUGCAAUCGCUGCUGUGGGAGUUCGAAGGUGGCAUGAUCCAGGUUGCAGACGAGCGCGCCACAUUAGCGCCGACGAGCGCACAGUUGGUCGAAUCUUAUGGCGCGCACGAGAAGCUCAAUGACACAAUAUUAACAGCCAUCAAUGCUUGGAUGCAUGCCAUUUGCCGUUCCUUGGAAUUAUUGCAAGAUCUCGGUGUGGCCAGUAGCUACAAUGUGCAUAAGGGUGAUCAUGGGUUGGUAGUUGAUAAACUUACGGUGGAAAUGAUAACUUUCGGCAUGAAUGAUGAUGAAGCUUUAACCGUAGUCUCAUUAGACUAUCUAACCACCGCGGUGCUCACGAAACCAAUGUUGAAGGAUUUGCAAGCGAAGUUGGGUGGCGAUGAAAUGACCGCACAGAUGGUUUCCUUCAAGGAGAACCCGUUUUGGUGGUAUCCCACAGAGCAUCCCAUCACCACAUCCAUAUUCUACUUCAGCGCAUACAGUGAGGCUGAUCCUACGCUUACGGGUAUCAAGCUCGACGUGCCGUUGCAAUUUGAAAUGUUGCAAAAGCGCACGUCCAAAGAGCCACCUUUGCUACGUGGUUAUGUGGAGGACGUCGACGAAAUGCCGAUCUAUCAAAUACGCACAGCAACGGGCGCCGCUGUCAUUAUAAAUGUCAUACAAGCUGACGUGGAUCUGGAUGUGCUGGUAAAAUGCAAUCAAUUCCCGAAUGAGAGAGCAGUGCGUAAAAGGGGAAAGCAUGUGAAGGCGAAUGUGUCGGCUAAGGACUCGGCGAAUGGCACAAAAGUAUCAGAUUCCAACUUUAACGACGAAACUGGCUGGUGUUAUGUGGCAUUAAUCGCCGCGAUGGGUGUAGAAUUGCGACAUAGAGCUCAGUAUGCCUUCACUGUAGAGGUAUAUGAAUGCCUAACUUUUAAUGUGAAACUGGAGAAUCCAACAUGGCAGACCAAGGGUUGCGUGGCGGCAAUCGAUCCGGAUGGUGGCGACAAUAUUACCUGUCACUGCUAUCACUUGUCCACAUUCUCGGGUUGCGCCUACUACAGCACAGCCGAGGAAAUGGUACGCGAACGCAUACUUAAGAACGAAUUGGAUGUGAAUUGGUAUGUCGUAGCCUUCUACCUAUUACUACUUUUGGUCUUCUUGUGGUUACUGUUGCGCACUUGUGAUGAUCUUACAACGGGCAAUCACAAGUUGUACACCGAGUUAAGUGAGAACGAGCAAACCAUGUUGCGCAAUGUCGCCUUGCAUAUCACCACGGGUGGUCAGUGGACGGCAGCAAGUUCGGCUAAUAUAAUAAUCUCCUUGCCGGGCGGUCAAACAUUCACGGUAACGCAAAAUCCAGAGCGCCCACUGCUGAGACCACACACAACUUGUGUGCUCGAACUGCCUAUACAUAUCAGUAAACUCAACGGACCGCUGCAGAUAAGUCAAGAUAAGAGCGGACGCUAUCCAUCGUGGUACUGCGAGUCCAUUGCCAUCGUUAACUUAACGACUGGCCAGAAGCAACACUGCACGGUGCGCAAGUGGAUUGGCAGAGAACCGGUGACCGUGCAACCCGAUGAAGUUGAGGAAGUGAAACACAAAGAGGUUGUCAAAAGCGAAAAAUUAACGCGUGCGCAGAAGUGGAAGAAAAUCAGAGCUGCCUAUCAUGAUGUCUUUAUGUCAUGGUUUCUCUUUCAGCCGCUCUUCGGUACUUGGCGUUCUGGCAUGGUCGAGUCUACACGUUUUGUGCGCAGUUGCAUUUUGAUUUCGAAGUUCGCCGUUAUACUCCUGUUAGUGUUUUUGUAUUUCGGCGCUACCAAUUUGGAUAAUUACGAAGCGGAGCGUUACAAUUUUAACGCUCUAAUACGUCUCAUUGAUUGCCGAUUUGUGCUCUACCUCUUUGCUUGCUACUUCAUAACGUUGGCCUUGGAAUUACUAAUGCUCUUAUUUAUAUAUCCCGAUUUCUGGAAGGGUUUCAAAUGCGGCGACAAGCGAGGCGUUGGUAAUUCGAACGACCUGUCAACCGAAAGUUCCUCAGAGAAGAAGUCAAAUGAUAAAGGUAAAGAACAGCCACCACCGCUUAGCUCGGACACAAACCUUGAGAGUGAAAAGGGAUUUAUUAUGUACUGAGCGUGUUUGGAGAGAGCGAGAGAGGCACUUUAUAAUUAUGUUCGAGGUUUACUACGUUCGUGUUGAUUAUUUAUUGAUUUUGGUUCGGAAUUUUGAAUAUUUUUCUGUUUUUCAUAUAUUUCCAAGAUGUUCCAGUUUUUAGUAUUCCGAGUUCACUCUUUUUUCCUGCGAUGUUCAUAUAUUUUGAGUUGUUUUAUAUUAAGCUUUUCUUUCGCGAAAAUAAAGAAAUAUUCUCUUAGAGAUAAAACGAAGUAGAGCUUAAUGAGAACUAUCGCUUCAGAAUCAGUCUACUGAAUGAUAAAGCGUUCCAGGCGCUAGCGUAUUCAGCACUUAAUUCAGCUAUGAUUAUCAUAAGCUGAAUAAGAGCUGAAUGUCAAAAAUAUGAAAUAUCUGGGUUAGGACUGUAACCUAAGUCUUAAUCCAGUUUAUUUUAAAGUGGUUGAACUCACUGCUGGCUGAUUUGAAAUAAUUCGAUACGAAUCUGAACCAAGGAA